UGUGACGUCAUAACCCUGCGCUCCUGCAUCUGUGACUCGGCUGAAGAAAGUGUACUGACUACCGGGAGCUGACUGAGAUGCACCCACAGAUUUACUUUUCAUUUUGUCAAUUAUUUUAAUCUUUAACACGACAAAGUGUCCAAACACACAGAAAAACGGAGAUCCACGUGACACUCUGUUGUAAAGAUGGAGUUUAUUAAAGAAGAGAGUGGAGACAUUAAGAUUGGAGAAGUAUUCAGUAUAAGACAUGAAGAUACUGAGACACAAACAGAGUCUCGUCAUAACCAGUCAGCAACAGUGGAUGUGCCAAACCCCAAAGAAUCUUUCACCACCCCCAAAAAUUACUGCUACGUCUGCAAGAAACCUCAGUCUAAAAUUUCACGUCACUUCAAACUGCAUGAAAACAGCGAGAAGGAAAUUGCUUUUGCAUUCUCUCUCCCUAAACACUCCCAGGACAGAAAACGGUUACUUGAGAAGCUACGAAACAGAGGCAACUACCAACACAAUCAAGAGGUUAUAGAAAGAAAAAGAGGACCACUGAAAAUAAGGAGGCGCACCGGAAGGUCAGAAAUCGAACUGAGUGCCAAAACAUUUGUGCACUGUGUAUACUGUAAAGGCCUGUUUGUUCGCAAGGAGCUGUGGCGCCAUACACGGAGAUGCCCUUCAAAGAUGUCUGAAGCUACUGACAAGGCCAAAGUAUUAGAUUUGGCUGAUAUUGCGGAGUCAAUAUUCUCUCAACCAAUAUCUCUUGAGGUGUGGAAGAUCUUGGGAAAAAUGAAGAAUGAUGACAUUUCAUCAGUAGUUCGAAAUGAUUUCCUCAUACUUCUGUUGAGUCAGUGUCUUUACAACAAGCAUGGCGGUGACCCAACAAAAUCAGAAUACAUCAGACAGAAGGCUCGAGAACUGGGAAGACUCUUGCUAGAGUUGAGAAGAAAAUAUUCCAUCUAUAGCUUUGAAGAUGCUGUGAAACCGAACAAUUUUUACAAAGUCGUUGAGGCUGUGCAAGAUGUUGCUGGUUACGACGAAAACACCCAUUUGUAUAAGACGCCAAGUCUUCCACUGAAGUUAGGACAUUCACUUAACAAGAUUGGGGACAUUAUUCUCUGCAGGGCCAUCGCAAUAGAGGAUGAUGUUAUGACAAGAGCAGCAGAGCAAUUCAAAAGACUGUGCUCAAGUGAAUGGACAGGACAUGUCUCCCAUGCUGCUCUUGCUACUUUGAACAAGUUCAGCAAACCAUCUACUAUACCAUUCACACAGGACGUGCAGCUUCUCCAUCAGUACCUAGAGAAGAAAUCGGUUGAAGCAUUUGAAAGCCUGAAAAAUCAUGAGUCUUCACAAACAUAUGCAGAACUUGCCAAAGUGACGCUUGCACAAGUAAUAAUAUUCAACAGAUGUAGUGCAGGAGAAGUCUCCAAAAUGACGCUUGAGUGCUUUAAGAAAAGAAACCAGACUGAGCUCCACGAGGACAUGGCUCUAGGUCUCUCUCCAUUUGAACAAAAAAUGUCCAAGCAUUUCAGCAGAGUAGAAAUCAUGGACAAGAAAGGGAGAAAGGUUGCCAUCUUGUUCAAUUCUGAACUUGUCAGGGCCAUUGAAAUUAUUGUGGAGAAGAGAGAUGCAUGUGAAGUAGACCGGGACAACCCCUUCCUAUUUGGGAGACCAGAUUGCUCCCCCACCAGCUUCUUCAGAGGACAGGACUGCAUCAAGCUUUUUGCAACUCAGUGUGGUGUGAAGAACCCAGAACUUCUCGGGUCUCCACAGCUCCGCAAACAAGUGGCAACAGUGUCCCAGAUUCUCAGUCUUAAGGAUAACGAGCUGGACCAACUUGCCAACUUUUUGGGCCUUCAUAUUCUGGUCCAUAGGGACUAUUAUCGGUUACCAGAUGCAACUAUAGAAAUUGCAAAAAUCGCAAAUCUGCUACAAGCAAUGGAAAAAGGAGAUCUCGCAAGAUUCCAAGGAAAAACACUCAAUGAAAUUGAGAUUGAAGAUGAAAUUGAUCUGGAAUUAGACGAGGAAGAAAUAAGUGAUGAAGAUGAAGAGUCAGGUCCUGUCCAUGUUGUAAUGGGAAAAAGAAAAUUGUCACCAGAUGAGACUGAGAGCUCCACAGAGGCCAAAUCGAGGAGAAUUGGGAAAAGGCCAUGGAGCCCGAAUGAAGUGAAAGCAGUCAUGAAACAUUUCAAAGGCCAUAUUUCAAAAGGACUCCUCGUAACAACAGCAGAGUGCAAGCAGUGCAAGGCUGCAGAGGACCCAAUUCUAAGAGAAAGAACAGUACAGAAUAUAAGGGAUUUUGUGAGGAACCGAGGUUUGCGGUUGAAAAAAAACAUGUUCUUAUGUUAGGUCUUUUUGUUGACCCAGUGAGGUUCAAAAGAAAAGAUGUAUAGAAAAGAAAAAUGUAAAAACUGUACCUCUUAGGGGUACAACAGCUUGUUAUGAGUAAUCUUGAUCAGUUUUACAGUAUAUGGCAACCAUUUCUAAAAUAUUUGCACAAAUGUAAUGCUUACAAUGACCAGCAAUGUAGGUGCUUUGUAUAUCUCUGCCCUCUAUUGAGUGCUGCUUUGUUUUUCCACUGCAAAUGCUGAUUGCGUGAUUGCUUUUAAAACUUCUAUUAUUGUAAUUAUUUUAUGUAUUUAGUUUUUUUCAUUAAUUUUGUUUUAUUGUGCAAUGUGAAACUAUUAAAAAUACUUACAAAAAAAAAAAAAAACUCUACAAAGCAGUUCAAUCAAGAGCAGCAAGUUAUUCCAUCUUUUCAUUUAUUGUUGGAUGAACAUUAAUGAUACAGAAUGUCUAUUAAGUCCUACUGUACUGUAAGUGUAUAUAUAAUGUUAUACAUCAGGGGU